GAAAUACAGGAUAGAGAAAAAAAUUAGGGUACAGUGAAUAGUGACAGUGGAUGUAAUACAAAUCUCAAAUCUCUGUUUCAGCGAAGUAGGGUUUUUGAGGUUGUUUGAGAGAGAAAGCCAAGAACCAUCAUGAGCAGAAGUUUGGGAAUUCCGGUGAAGCUUCUCCACGAGGCUUCGGGACACGUGGUGACGGUGGAGCUCAAGAGCGGAGAACUCUACAGAGGGAGCAUGAUCGAAUGCGAGGACAAUUGGAACUGUCAACUCGAGAGCAUCACCUACACUGCCAAGGAUGGAAAAACAUCGCAACUUGAGCACGUGUUUAUUCGAGGAAGCAAAGUCAGGUUUAUGGUCAUACCAGACAUGCUGAAGAAUGCUCCUAUGUUUAAGCGUUUGGAUGCAAGAAUCAAGGGCAAGGGUGCAUCACUCGGUGUUGGUAGGGGCAGAGCAGUUGCAAUGCGAGCCAAGGCUCAAGCUGCUGGUCGUGGAGCUGCACCUGGAAGGGGUGUACCACCAGUGAGGAGGUGAUCACCAUUCAUAUAGUCUCUAUUCUCUCUGAACAUGAUAUUUAGAUUCUUUUGUAGAAGUUGAGAGAAAGAAAUUCAAACACAAAUUGUCUAUCGAGUUUACGGAUUACUCUUUAUGGAUAGUACUUAAUCUUGUUCUCGUCAUCUCCAGUGUUUUAUGUCUGUUACUAUGUAUUACUUGGCUAGUAGAAGAUAUUUGUAAAAGGGGUAUGGAGCAACUUUCAAGAGAAGUUUAACUUGUUACAAAACGGGUAUCAGUUGCACAUUGGUAGUUUUACUUGAAAACCCUCAAAGCUGGUUUCGAAAUGUUAGUGAUAAACCGUGGCUUGUUUGAAACUGCA